AUGAAAUUCAAUCUCCAAGGAUUCCACAACGAUAACGACAUUGUUGAUCCAUCUAUAAAGAUAGUAAGUGUACUUGGCCACGUUGAAAUAUCUAAACUCUUUCACUGCCACGGUUUAGUGUUAUGCGUUACCAAAGACCACCCGGGGCUCUUGAUGUGGAAUCCCUACUUGGGGCAAACCAGGUUGAUCCAACCCAUGAACUCUUUCAGCAAAGAUGACAAGUAUGCUUUCGGAUACGACAACAAUAAAGGUUACCACAAGAUCUUGAGGGGUACUUAUGGCAGAAAAGUCGGCUAUCUCUGGUCGGAGAUAUAUGAUUGUAACUCUGAUUCAUGGAGGGUUCUUGAUGUCAAUUCAGACUGGGCGAUGAUAAGUUAUCUAAGCAUCGUGUCUCUCAAGGGAAACACUUACUUUCUUGCUCAAGCAAAGAAUGGUUCUUUACAUUGUUUUGAUUUUACAGCAGAGAGAUUUGGACCGCUUCUUCCUCUUCCUUUUCAGGCGUACGUUUCUGGUUCAGGAUCUGUGGCUUUAUCUUGUGUUACAGAUGAGCAGCUUGGUUUUUUAUAUCGACCCAAUGAUGAGACAAUAGUGAUUCAGAUUACGACUAAGAUUGGUCCCGAUUCAGUAUCGUGGAGCAAGUUCUUGGAAGUGGGUACUAAACCCCUCCCUUGUCAAUCUUGGACUUUCUUUACUGAUGAGGCCGAAAAGAAGGUCCUUAUUGUUUCCAGUUUCCGAAAUUCUAGAAAGACAUGUUGCUACCAAACAGCUUACAUCAUUGGAGAAGAUGGAUACUUCAAAUCUGUGGAUACUGGAGAAACUCGGAUUAGCGAAAAAGUUAUGUACUAUAACCCGGUUGUGUUCUCUUCUUAUGUUCCAAGUUUAGUGCAACUAAAAUAA